ACAUUCUUUGAGUCGAUUUCAUGAAGGCGUUGCAGUAGUGUGUACAUAUGCAUUGUGUGCGCGGUUACUGUAUUAAAAUAAGUAAAGUAAAUGCGAAAAUAUGACAGAAUUAUACUACGAUUUUAGUGUUCUCUUGAGAUCCUGCGAACAAGAGAUACAGGAACCGAUUGAAGGAACUAUACAAGGUGAAAUACCAUCAUGGAUCCGUGGCAGCCUCCUGCGAAACGGUCCUGGCCGGUUCAAAGUUGGAAAUUGUGAAUACAAACAUAUUUUUGAUGGAUCAGCCCUUUUACAUAGAUUCGCAAUAUACGAUGGCCAAGUGACGUACCAAUGUCGGUUUCUCAGCUCCAACACAUACAAGAAGAACCAAAUCGCCAAUCGGAUUGUCGUACAAGAGUUUGCUACAAAGGCAGUACCAGAUCCUUGCCGGACUAUAUUUGAUAAAUUCUCCAGUGUGUUCAAUCCGGCUGACCACCUGACGGAUAAUGCUGUUAUAUCCGUGUACCCGUUUGGUGACGAAAUGUACGCUCUCACUGAAGUGCCACUCAUUUACAGAAUUGAUCCAGUGACCUUAGAGACAAUGGAAAGGAAAAAUCUAAUUCAUUCGGUAGUAGUGUCGCACACGGCGCAUCCACAUGUAGAUUCAAAUGGUGACGUAUACAACGUCGGCAUGCACGUGGUAAAGGGAAGAUUAAAACUUUUGGUCGUCAAAUUUCCGUUUACUGAAAAAGGUGAUAUGUUUGAAUCGGCACAAAUCGUGGCAACUGUGAAUCCCAGAUGGUACAUCCACCCUUGUUAUAUGCAUUCAUUUGGUAUAUCAGAAAAUUAUUUCAUUUUAAUCGAGCAACCUUUAACGUUGUCCUUGUCAAGUUUUGUUAAGUGCCAAUUAAAUGGAGACGCCUAUGCAAGCGCCCUACAGUGGUAUCCAGAACAUGAGACACACAUACUGCUAAUCAGCCGCACCGACGGCAGUGUCAAGAGAUACAGAACGAAGACGAUAUUCUUCCUGCACGUCAUCAACUGCUUCGAGAGGAACGGCAAGUUGUUUGUCGACAUGUGUACCUACCAGGAUGCUAAGAUCAUUGACGCCAUGUAUGUGGAUGCAAUCAAGUCCAACCACAAUAACUUGGACUACGCCAAAUGGUGUGACACAAGACCACGGCGGUACGAAGUACCGCUCGAUGCGCCAGAGAUGAGCAUGGUGGAGAGUCGCCUUAUAGUUGAUAUCGGUUGUGAAAUGCCCAGGAUUAAUUAUGAACUACAUAAUGGCCGUCCUUAUAAAUUUUUCUAUGGAAAUAUAGCAGAUAUAACAAUCCCGCAGGUUGGUGCUCUUGUUAAAGUGAACACGGAUACAGGUGACGUGAUCACUUGGAAGGAGACGAACAGCUACCCCAGCGAGCCCGUGUUCAUACCACGACCUGGUGCAGUGGAUGAAGAUGACGGCGUCCUCGUCAGUGCAGUUCUAUGGAGUGAUGACGAAAAUGCGAUAGAUCUCAUAGUUUUGGAUGCGCGCACGAUGCAAGAGUUGGGAAGGGCCAAGUUUAGGACCCCCUCACCUGCCCCUAAGUGCUUGCACGGAUGGUUCAAAUCAGACACACCUUUGGUUACAUAAACGAUAUUAUAUACCCUUAUUGAUUAGUUUUAUGUUGACUUUUUAGUCUUUUCUACAAAUGUGAUAAAAUGUUUAAUCUUAUAUUCGUUUAUUAAAGGUUCUAUUAUAAAUUUAUU